GCCCGCGGUGCGUUUGUGGCGGUUCGGUCGACUGCGCGUGGGUUCGGGCGAGCGGGGCAGACUGUGGGGGCCGCUAAACGGGGGACCUUGACGCGGGGGACCCUGAGGCGGGCGGCAGUGAAGGAGGGUUGGAUUGCAGGAGGGGGUUGGGGGAAGGGGGACCCUGCGACGGGCAGCAGUCAACGGGGGUUUAGGCAUCGGCGGUGAGGUCGUGGGGAGUCAGCAAGGGUUGUCUCGCCUGGGUGGUCGACAUGGGGAGGGCACAGCGCCGUCAGCAUGAGGCUGCCGCGGACCAUGUGCAGGACACAGUCAGGGCCCGGUCCCUGUUCCAUUGGUACCCGGUUGUCGGCCAGAAUGUCGACAACAAGGGGGUCAUUAUGCUCCUCAGCGACGAGGCGUUGUACGAGAUUGCUCGACGGACUCAACGGAAGUUCGAGGCCGAUCAGUUGGAGAGGGUUGCCAGGUAUGCAGCGGAGCGCGGACUCGAUGUGCCCGGCACGGGUGGUGCAAGGGGAGGAGAGGCGGGGCGGCGUCCGGCGGAGGGAGGGGUCGGGGGAGAUGGUGGGCAUGGUACGGCAGACCCCACUUUGGGUAGUGGAGGUGGUGAGACGGAGGAGGGCUUGAUCCACGUAGAUCGCGAGGCGCGUGGCCCGGGUGAGGAGGGAGUCCCGGAACGGGAGGACGUGCCAGAGUUUUAUCCGGGCACAAGGGAGAGGUUGGAGGACUUGCAGAGGCGAGCAGGACAGGGAGCUGCAACGGAGGGGUCCUUCAAGAGGAAGGAAGGAGGAAGUGAUCCGGCUGCCACCCCAGCAGGGAAGAGGCUUCGCCAGCAGAAGGUGACUGAUGUCUACGAGUUGGCAGAGGAAUUGGAGGAGGUGAGGCAGCCAUUCUGGGUGACUGGUGCCACCUUCCUCUCCGAUGGGAGAAAAUCACGAGAUGGGAAACCGAUCGUGAAUUUCCUUGCUGCUGGCUCUCGAGGGGUCGUCGUGUAUACGACAAUCAAUCGAGAGGGCGAGGCGGACGAUGUGAUGCACGUCCUUCGGAGAUGGGUUACCAUCUUCCACGAGUUCAGCUUCGGCGGGCCACAGCGGAUUAAUGCGAUAUGCACUGACUCCGCUUCUGCCUAUAUGGGGGCUGCGAGGGCAUUGACCUCGCCGUCCAUACCUCCUGCACUGAGGAGGAUUACUUGGCUCCCGUGCUCCGUCCAUAUGGGAUCCACGGUGGCAGAGGGUGGCCACCAUCGUCCAUAUCAUGCAGCCCGUCAUGGAGUUGCUCAGGCGGAUGGUUGUGGUGGACAAUACAUGUCCCUCAUGAUCGAGUGGACGCAGGAUCUUGUCCGCCGUGGCACGGUCGCAUGCGCCCCUUUGGGGAAGUCGUUCGCCGAGCGGAUCAUCAGGCGUGUGCAGGCUCGCACACAGCACAUGCUUGAGCCGGCUCACUGCGCAGGGUUCUUACUGAACCCCUGCAGGCGACACGUUCGCUACUUUUCGAGGAAGGUAGAGCGGUACGAUGCUUGGUCUGUGGGGCAAGCCAAGAGGUACAUUCUGAUGCAGACGGGUUUCAAGUUGGAGGGUGCGGAGUACAUCCUUGCAUGUCGGCAGUUUGAGGACUUCCAUAUUCAGCAGGGCAGGUUCGGGGAUUGGGGCGGGCCGGAGGGGCGUGCUCGUGGGCGCGCGUGCAGCGGCGACAUCGAGACGAUUGAGUGCACGUCUUGGUGGUCUCAGUUCAUGUCUGGCGCGCCGGAGUUGCAGCGUUGCGCUCUUCGGGUGAUGCACAUGUGGUCUUGCGCCUCUCCAGUGGAGAGGAACUGGGCAGUCCACGAGGGCAUUCACACGAAGAAGCGCAACCAGUUGGCCUUCGAGAAUGUUGUGCAACUCGUUGAGAUCACCGCAAAUGUGCGGUUGACUGAGUAUCGGCGGGCUGGAUGCGGUUAUGUGCUGCCAUGGCAGCGGGACGAGGGCAUGCUGGAUUGCCAGGCAGGACUCGAGUUGGAGCCUGUGCGCUCGGGGACUCGCAGGGGGAUGACGGAGGAGGAGAUUGCCCGUCAGGAGGAGGGGGCACCUUCAGCAGUAGCAGUGGAGAGUUCAGUGGCACCAGCGGCGGUGCCGGACGCGACGAUCCCAGCCGCGAUGGUGGAGAUAGCAGCAGCAGCAGCAACAUCAGUGCUGGAGGAGAUGGCAGCAUCAAUGCUGGAGGUGGAUCCACCGGCGGCAGGAGGAGGUACAGCAGUGGAGGGGCAGGUGGCAGCAGCAGGAGGAGCAGGUGGAGGAGCAACAGCAGUGGAGGUUGAGGUGGCAGCAGCAGUGGAGGAGGAGGAGGCACCGUCGGCAGCUGCAGUGGAGGAGGAGAUAGCCGCACAGGCCGAGGUGCAGCGUGGGGGCGAUGACGAGCGCCUCAUGCAGCAGUUCCUCACGGAGGAGCUCGGUCCGGCCAUAGCGGGUAUGACCCCAGGUGUGGCGAGGGGGUUUGGGAUUUCAGAUUCGGAGGAUGGGGACCCACUUAGACUUAGAUUUGUCGAUGGCCUUCCACCUAGUUGCGGCGGGGCGAUAUCGACGGACCGGGCUCCAUUGAGGGACGAGGCGCCAGGGCAAACUUCGACGCAGACCGCGAGAGAGAGGACGAUGAAUGAGUCUCCAGAUGCAGCACGCGACAUCAUGGAGCGAGAGAGGGCUAGACUUUUGGCAUCGACUGACCCGCGUGCUCAGGCGUUCGCACGGGCCGUAGAGGAGGCCAGACGUCGAGAGAUAGGGAGGGAUUGUGUGCAGGGUGGGGUGGUGGCGGGGGAGGACAUUGCGGAGGGAGUAGCAGCAGAGCCGGUACCCGAGGCUAUGCAGGGUGGAGCAGAGGCAACGGACGUUGCUGUGGAGGGACGGCCUCAUGCGGUGGAUGAGGCUGUGCAGGCAGGACAGCGGCAAGUCGAGGGGGCUAUAGACGCACGACGCGAGGUCCAGGAGACAGCGACGGGAGACAUGCCACCCCCUCCUCCCAGAGCACCUGCAGGUGAUCCAUCAUCGUCGCCCACAGGCAGAGGCUCUCGAUCCCCACACACGCCUGGGAGAUCUAGGACUCGUGACACGACAGCAGUUCAGCAGGACGUGUGUGACACGACGAUAUUCGGGAGGACAGAUAUAGAUUUGGAUUCCACUCGCCGUGUCACAAAGCACACUGCAUGCCUUCAACCGGGCUUGGGAAGAGGAGGCGCUAGGACGACCGCGGCGAGGGAGGUACCGGCUUCAGGUUGUGAGCCUCAGCGAGGUCGUGGUAGGGGAGUGUCCACCGAGACCUUGGAGUACGCUCUGAGAGCAGCGACGCGUGCCGUGCAGGAGCAGACUCCACGCAAGUGUGGAGUGCCUGCUCGUCCACGCCCUGUGCCUGCAGAGGGAGGCGCAACACUUGGAGAGAGUUCGGGGGCGGAGGGGUUGGGGAUGCCUCGUGGAUCCCGCCGUGAGCAGACCAUUGCAGAGGCUAGUGCGAGGGUUGUUGUAUUGAGGAAGGGAGGAGUCCCAGUCACCAUUGAGGAGGAUGAUCCUAAUACGGAUGCGGCUGUGCCGGAUGCGGACGAAGACUACGAGGGCAAGGAGGGGGGAGAGGAGAAUAGCAGGAGCGGUUUCGAUGGUGACGACGACGACGACUACGAUGAGCCCCCACCUUCCCCAGGAACCCCACCGACGCGUGCAUCUAGACGCUCCGCUGCACGGACUUCUUCAUCCUCACGAGGGAGGAAGAGGUCGACAUCCGACACUCUGGGGGGCACGAAGAGACACAACGGGAAGGGGAAGAAAGGUCGUUGACCGAUGAGGCCAACACUCCGCUUCUCCCCUACUCGCACUUUACGUCGU